AUGUCUUCAGGUGCAGCUGUUCUAACAGUUAAUACUUCCAGUGGUACCUGUCCUUAUGAGACAAAGGAAUCCCCGGGCGAGCCUUCGCUCAGUCAGAAAGAUGCAUCCCAUAAAAAACCGAUCCAGCAACUUUCAGGGUUUUUUCUAGGAGUACUAGCAGCGUUAGUGGCAACUGUUGUUGCUGUUCAAUGGUACAAAAAAAGGAAAAGACUAUGCCAGAGCAACGACAAUGACGCUCAACAGAGCGAGAGCAACAACAGAGCAACAACAGAACAACAGAGCAUUCCAGAACUGCAGCGUAAGAGAAUUUUUAUAAUAUUCAAGUUUCGGGGUUUUGGCUUUUAAGGAAAGUGUAAAUACUUCAGAAAUGUAGAGAGGAAUUUUAAUGCUAUGUAAAUGCGAAGGACAGCUAUGAUGUACAGUCUUCUUUUUUCACGAAUGUCUGCUUGCUCAUCGCUAACUAAAAAGGUCAUUUUUUUUAUCCAGGCGGUUUAAAUACUUUAAUCAGAGAUGUUACACAUGAGGACCGGGAGUUUAUUGCCAGUCGGCUCGACGAUAAGGACCCUGAUGGUAAGCUACCAGUUUAUUAAGUUCGAUAUCCAUCAGACUUUCACUUUUAUUUGCAAAAUAUUAUUUAUUAGUAUGAUAAUUUUAUUGAUGAUUAUCGAAAAUAGAGCGCUAUGAUUGGCUAGGAGCUUCACUUCAUCCCGCCAUAAUCACCGCGCGGUGAUUAUAGCAUUGAAGACUAGCAGUUUUCAAAACGGCAGCCAGAUUGUUGAUGUUUCGGAGUCGGAAAUUGAUCAAUAAUUUUAUUUUCUCGAAUAAUCAUCAAUGUAAUAGACCAUUUUUCAGUUGUGGACUAAGCACCCUAGCCUUCGAGUGAAUGUGAGGCUAACGGUGAGCACGGUUUUGAUACAAACCUCCUUUGCUUUGUUAUGGAAAUUGUACCUGAAAAAUACUGGUUAACAUAAGAAUAACUUGAUUUACAUGACAAAGCAAGAAGGUUUGUAUCAAAACAAGGUCAACUCCAGCCUCGGUUCCAUACAUAACUGUAAAAUGGCCUAUUAUACUAAAACAAUUAGUCGCAUCAGGCCACGUGAUUAUCCUCGAAUAGUCACCACGACUUCGUCUCGGUGACUAUUCGCCGAUAUUCACGUCACCUUCGGCGAGUAAUUGUUAAAUAGUGCAUUCACUAUAGACCUUGUUCCGUUUUUUCGACGCCAUCUUGACGAGUAGGCAAACGCGUGAGAAAUUACAGUGACUGUAUGAGAAUCUAAUGUCGAAUAAUUUCCGUAGAACGGCUGUUCUGAAAAAAAUAUGAUUCGUAAACUAAGCUUCACUCCUAAGGAUUCUCCUGAAAAAAAUUGAGGGCGUUACAUGCACUAGAGGACCUAGAACCACUUUUUAAAAUUUUCUAUACAUUUGUCUAUAAGAAACUUCCGGGAAAAUUACAGACAAAUAUAUGGAAAAUCUAAAGAAAGCCUCUGGAGAAAUUGAAGCACAAGUACCGCUCCAAAUUUUUUUAGGACAAUCCGUUGCUUUGUAGCUUUAGUUUACAAUUGAUAUUUUUUUCAGAACAGUCGUUUUACGGAAAUUAUUCGACAAUAGAUUCUCAUACAAACACUGUAAUUUCUCACACGUUUGCCUACUCGUCAGGACUAUUAGAGACCGUGGAAAUGACGUGUUAAUGGCGCAAUUCGUUUUUCUGUGUCUCUCGCGGGCAAUAAAUUUAAAACACUGCAUCGGAAACGGAAGUUCCAACAAAUAGACGACAAACAAUUCAAUUGUUUGUACUCUGACAGGCCAUAGAAAUGAACUAUGAAAGCUUAAACCUUAAACCGUGGAAAAUUUUUGUCUAUUUGUUUUUACAACAACACCAUUUUUAUCGUCCAUGGUUUUUAACGUUUCUUGGAACAUCGCGCGCGCGACAGAAAGAAAAACAAAUUGCGCCAUCAUCAUGCAGUGGAACCUCGAUUUAACGAAGUGCCAAGGGACUGGGGAAAUUUUCUCGUUAAAUCGAGGGUUCGUUAUAUCGAACUCCUCCAUUUAACGAAUGGUCGGGAAAACUACCAAAAUGUCCGUUAUAUCGAGGUAUAGUUAAUAAUUAAUUUACAAAACCCAUCAUUUCCGGAUCUGAAAAAUUACUGUAAUAACACUUCAGUACCAAGCUAUGCAUAGCUACGGCACUAGAAACUCAAGAACACAUAAAUUUUAUCGUUGUUGGUCUCUGGCAUUUAUCUUUUAUCACAUGGUGAUAUUUGUUCGUUAUAUCGAGGCAAACUUUACGUUUGGGCUUGUGGAUCGUGUUCGUUAUAACGAGGAUUUCUUUAAAUCGAGGUUCGUUAAAUCUAGGUUCUGUUCCAUACAUUUUACUGUAGUUUUGGCCGGGCUGAAGAAAAUCGUUCGUUAUACCGAGAACUUCGUUAUAUAGAGAUUCGUUAAAUCGAGGUUCCACUGUAGUUAUUUCAGAGGCCAUGAGGGCGAGAGGAAUAAUUAUUUUAGUAAAAUCUAACUAGUUUGUUGUAUUACGGUGGGGGUAUGUAUUUGCGUGUACGUUCGACGGUUAAAGUAUUCUUCUCCAACUUUUUUUUUUAAAUACUUACAACAGUAUGUCUUGUACUCUUGAAGUAAAUGAACUUCCUUACAUAUUGAACUACUGUAAACGUUUUACACUUUGUGCUCACGUGUUUUAAUUCAGGAUUCUACUACUGGGAGAAGGUUGCCGAGAAACUUGGAGUCGAAACGGAUCGGUGGAGAGUCAAUCCAACUGACAAGCUACUAUCAGCGUUUGCUGAAAGGAACGAUAGUACUAUAGUACUAGAAGUUAAUCGGGGCUUCCCAGGAGGCAGGACUGCCUCUUCUCGCCAGUGA